GCGUGAUUCGUUGCUCCCACAGCUUUGCCGGCAAGCGAGGGAGACGCGUCGGGCUGCUUUGGAGUGUUGCGCGCCGCGCCGCCUUUUUUAACGCCGCAGUCUCUGCCGCUAGCCGAAGAAUCCGGGAGGCUGUCCAUGGCUCGGCGGCGCCUCUGAUCCGGACGCCGGGUCCCUUCGUUGCUGCAGCGCCGCAGGGUUGCCGGGCUGGAGGCGGGCGGGGAAAGACCUGACCUCGAGGGGCCGCCUCCCGGAGCGCAGGCUGAGCGAGGCCCUGCUUGAAAAUCACAAUGGCACGAUAAGGCGGAAGAAAGGACUUGGCCAUUCAUCCUUCGUGCCAGUUUGGUUCAGCCAGUGACGAUUCCACCAGCCUCCAUUUUCUCCCCACCAUGGCUAAGAGCGCAGAAGUGAAACUGGCCAUCUUUGGCCGAGCUGGAGUGGGAAAGUCAGCUCUUGUGGUGCGUUUUCUGACCAAACGGUUCAUAUGGGAGUACGAUCCUACUCUUGAGUCCACUUACCGUCAUCAGGCCACAAUUGACGAUGAAGUUGUUUCUAUGGAAAUACUAGACACAGCUGGGCAGGAGGAUGCCAUUCAGAAGGAAGGCCAUGUGCGAUGGGGCGAGGGCUUUGUGCUGGUCUAUGACAUCACCGACAGAGGGAGCUUUGAAGAAGUCCUGCCACUUAAGAACUUGCUAGACGAAGUUAAAAAACCCAAGAAUGUUACCUUGAUCCUAGUUGGAAACAAAGCAGACCUGGACCACUCGAGGCAGGUCAGCACCGAAGAAGGGGAAAAGCUGGCCACCGAUCUAGCCUGUGCAUUUUACGAGUGCUCUGCUUGUACAGGGGAAGGCAACAUCAUGGAGGCCUUUUAUGAGCUUUGCCGGGAAGUGCGGCGCCGGAAGAUGGUCCAGGGCAAGACCCGGAGACGGAGCUCCACCACUCACGUCAAGCAAGCAAUCAACAAGAUGCUCACCAAAAUCAGCAGCUAAAAUAUUUCGCUUGUUUCGUUAAUAUAGAACAUCUCAACUGAGGUGGGGUGAGAAGGCCGGAUUAUAGGCAAUCAAUGAGAUGGUGAAAGCUUUGCUCUUCCCUAAACCCCCAAAACCAUCACAUUACUCUUCCUGAAAUUAAGAGAAGCAAAGCAGGUUUCUGGAGUUGGAGCAAUUACCAAAUUGAUUAUUUUUUAAAAUAAUAAAUUCACAGGGUCACUUAGGAAAUGUACCAGAUCGGUUACUGCUUCCCCUAUAACACAGCAUGUUCACCUCUCACUAUUAUUUGAUGACUUAUCACUGGCCAAUAGGUAAAUGAGUCUCCAGUCCAGUUUUACUGGGUGAUAUAUUCUUUUAUUGGGUCUUUUACUGCUGGCAACUUAGGCUGUGUACACACAACAUUUUAUUCUAGAAUCAAAGGAGUAUGAAUGCAGUUGUUUUUUUUCCUACAUAGCCCACACACACAGGCUAGAUCUAGUGCAUUUUUAUUUAUUUUUGGCCCCUCAAAAGUGCUUCUUGAGAAACUGGUUUCAUUCAGAAAAUAAAAGCUCCUUGCAAGUUGAUUCUGCAUUGCCCCCAUUUGAAAGCAGAUGUAGGUGGUCCCAGCAGUGGGGUUGCAUCCACACCUACUCAAUGGCUUUGAUGAAGGAUGUAUAAUGAGAAGGGAAUCAUCGCUUCCUCCUUCAUUCACCUUGGUGGAUGUGCAGGGAGGAAAAGGUGUAGCUAACCUAAUCGAGGGGAGGGUUUUCAAAUCUGUACUGAGUAACCACACCCACUCUUGUGGACAGCAGGCUCUAGAAUCAGUCUACUUUGAAGGCAUGUUGAGAAUGAGCGAGAAUGGUUGAGCAUGUUGAGGAUGAGCAAGAAUGAGAAGUGGAGACAACAUCAGUGCUGAUUUCCAGCAAGAUCUUGCUGAAGUCUGGCAAGAUCUCAUGAGAUUUUGAUCAGGUCUCGCAAUACCUUGCUGGAAAUCGGCACCGAGGCCAGAGCUUCUCCACCAGGGGCAGAGACGGUAGGACUUCACCUCAUCUCAUGGGUGGGCCAGGCCUGGUUAGUGUGUACACAGCGUUAAUCUGCAUGUUGCCGAUUCAUAUAGCAUUGAUCAAGAACAUCCAUCCUUUCUGCCGGAUGUCUAAACCCAUCCAUAAUCUAAGAAAGCAGAGGAAUUGUCACCUAAUUCCUCCAGUGUGCUUACUGGCCUAUUGCAAGUGGGCAGCUUAGCAAGUGACUGCAUCAGCCUUCCCACCACCAAGAUGUUUUGGACCACAACUCUCAGCAGCCCCAAACAGCACCUGGUUGGAGAAGGUGGUCUAACUUGCACAUUGUGGGCAAAGUGGCCUGUUGCUAUCUGCAUCUCUACAUAACACAGAAGACAGUCUCUGGGUUAGGAGAACGCUAUGUAUCUGGCUGUCAACCUAUGGAGGGUAUGAGAUGGAUUUCACACGUUUCACAACACUAUAUUAAUGCAUGGUCAAUUUUUCUUAAGAACAAAGCUGCCUCUUUCCUUGUGUCACUUUUCCUGAAAACUUUAUAAUGCCUACAUUUUAGUAGGAUAUCUUUGUAAACUCAGCUAGCGGAAACUCUUCAACGAGUUGGUAGGCUCAACUGGAUUUGUUAUGUUAUGUUAAAAGUUUAUUUUUAUGCCGCUUUUCAGUUCCUAAAGCCUCCCCAAAGUAGUACAGAAAAGUGAAAAUGCAAAAAAUAAAAAAAUAAAGUAUCAGUUACCAAGAGAUUGUAUGAAAAUGACACACUAUACGCUUGGCUGUGUAUCUAUGUUUGUAAGCCCUGCAGAGUUAGACAGGAAAUAAUACUCAUUUCUUUCACAAA